AUGCGUUCUUCAGACCUGACUGUCUUAUUGGACCUGGUACAAUAUGCUUCAAGGCUCGUGCAGCACACACUCGAGGCCAAAACUUGGUCGUCAAACCCGUCUGGACCGAGAUGGGAUCUGCGGGGAAAAAAACUACUUGCACUUGCAAAUACCAAGAAGGUUUUUGGCGUUUUUAAGCUCGAAGCGUAUUGGGGUUUGAGGGACAAAAGUCGACAGAACAUCAUCAUCAUCUCUCCACUGUUUUCCGAUUCUCCUGCAGGAAUCCUCACUAAUCUGGAUGGCGCGCUUGAUCUUAUGGAACCUUUACUAGAGAUUCAGCUGUUGAUCAGCACCUCGGGAUUCAUGGCUUGCGGCAUCCUAGGCGGCGAUGAUCAUAUAUAUCGCCAUGAUCUAGAAUCUUUUUUCUAUGUCUUUCUAUGGCUGGCAAUAUUCUAUGAUGAAGUUACUUCUAAGUAUAUACUGGCAUCAAGUCAUCUUUACACCUGGAUGGGCUUACUACUCGAUGGAAUUCUCGAAGCUUGUGGAGAUGGAGUUUAG